AGAGAUUAUGAAAUGGCUCUUUCAUCACCUCCAGCACCUUGUUGUGCAAAGUACCAAAAACAACAAGUAGAGGCUAUGACAAAAUUAUUAAUAGCCUAAAUGAAGGCAUUUAUCCACAAUCCACCAAAUAUGAAAUACCAAAUAUAUUAUAUUUGCAAUUAAGUAUGUGUGACUUCUGCAAAUGGACUGCUGCCUGUUCCUUUAAUAUCUCCAACUGCAUAUACGUAUGCAGCAGUGUAGAUCCACCAAAACCAAAGACCUGCCAAGACUAUGGCCGUAACUUAAGGAACAAAUAUUAAUAAGAAAUGA